AUGCAACAGAUCAGCAGUUUGUGGACGAAGAGCUUCAGUCAAAAAAUGCCAGCUUCGUUGUCGCUCGAAGAGCGGUGGGAAAGUAAACACUUGCCAAUGUGCCAAAGUGCACUCCAUGGCUUGCAACUCCUGCUAGGAGGAUGCUUCGGAGAGGAAGAGGAGCAGGCUCCAGAGAUUUACCAGGCCAGGUAUGUGCGCUUGAGAAGAAACCAGCCCUUACCACCUUUCUUGGAGAAAGUGGUGAGCAGCACAUCGGGACGAGAGAUUUGCCAAACCCAGGCCUUCCGCCGGUCACGCAGGAGAUUUCCACGGCAUUUGCUCCAUGGGACCUUGCAGUCGUUACGAGGUUUGGAUGAGGCUGUUUACUACUUCCAGGUGGAUGACAAGGCCGUCGUGCAGACGGCCUUUGCCUUUUGGCGGCUGAAGGAAGAGUUGGAGGGCCCCGAAGGCCACUGCCACGGUGGUUGCCUUGCGGCAGUGCUCGAUGAUGCGUUUGGCUCCUUUUCGAACACCCACUUGCGCUCCUUGGGCCGCAGCGGUGCCGCCAUGACGGCGUAUUUGCACGUUGACUACAAGGCACCAACUCCUUUGCCAUCUGAAUGUGUUUGCAUCGUGGAACUGGAUCGAGUUGAGGGGCGGAAGGUCUUUUUGAAAGGCAAGAUGCUGAUCAAAAAGGGCGACGAGUUGCAGAAGACCUGUGACUCGACUUGUCUUGACUUGCAUGAUAUUGAGCUGCGGAGCCGCAACUUGCAGUUCGAAUGUCGGGAGGUGGUCUCCGGCGGUGACAGCGAAGUCAACAGGCUGUCGUUGUUGAUCGACUUCGGGGGCCUGGUGGCAUCGCUGGCAGCGCUAUGGUACCUCUUCAAGACCAAUACCCAAAACAGCUUCACUGCAAAGCACUUGGAGGAAGGAAAAGACUUGAGCCGUCAACCGUCUGUGACCUUUGCGGAUGUCGCAGGGAUGGAAGGUACCAAAGAGGAGCUGCAAGAAGUGAUUGCCUACUUGCGUGAUCCCGACCGAUUCUAUGCCUUGGGUGCACGGCCUCCACGAGGUAUUUUAUUGGCUGGUCCCAGUGGCACUGGAAAGACGCUCAUGGCCCGAGCAGUGGCUGGGGAGGCAGGAGUGCCAUUUUUGUAUGCCAGCUCAGCAUCAUUUGUGGAAAUUUUUGUCGGCCAAGGAGCUUCAAGGAUUCGGCAGUUUUUUGAGCAGGCACGGGCCUGUGCCCCUUGCAUCGUCUUCCUCGAUGAGCUUGAUGCCGUAGGUUCAUCACGCCAGAUGUCUGCAUCAGGCGGUGGAAACCAGGAGUAUGCACAGACUCUGAAUCAGCUCUUGCUCGAGCUGGAUGGUGUGGAGAGCAACGCCAAUGGUGCUCCGGUGGUGGUCACCAUGGCGGCCACCAAUCGAUACCACUGUUUGGACGAAGCCUUGGUCAGACCUGGCCGUCUCGAUCGCAUCGUCAUGGUGAACUUGCCCAACCAAGCCGAGCGAGUGGCGACUCUUCAGAUCCACGCUGCCAAGCUGAGGACCGAGAACUUGGACUUGGCUUUACUGGCGCGACGAACAGAGGGCAUGAGUGGCGCGGACCUGGCAAAUCUCCUGAACGAGGCCGCUCUGCUGGCUGCCCGGCGCCGUGCGGACGCGGUGCGCAUGGAUCACAUCUGGGAUGUCCUUGGAAAUCCCAGGCCGAAGCAGCAAGGCUCAACUACCAGCUGGAGUGAUGAUACUCCAGGUGCUGGAGCAGGUUUUUCUGAUGCUCAAGAGCAAUGUGCGAGGCUCUUGGCAGCUUUCGCUGCAGCUGUUGGAUCCCGAAGCUCGCCCAGUGGGGGGUGCCGAGGUUAA